CAAAGCUCCGACUGUUAACGUUCGUUUGUAACCAUUUCUGUUGGCUUUUAAAGAUAAAAAGAAAACCACACUUGCCCCAAAGUCGUGCCAGACAAAAGCAAAUCCAGUACACUCAGUUCCAGUCGAAAAUCAAAGUCGAAUGCCAUCAUCACCGCUACCUGUGUUGAAGCGGUCGACAAAGUAGAGCUUGAUAACACAUUAGAGGGAGCCAUCAACAGCAUCCAAGCCUCUGUUGCUACACAGAGGCACCCCUGGACGUUCGUUCAAUUCAUUGGCUCACUUUAGUUAGAAGGAGGUGACGGCGUUGACCUUAUUUCGCCCAAUUUUUUAAAUUCCUUUUUUCUUUUCUUUCUUUGGCAGCUGAAGCAGCAAGUCAUGAUGUGUCAGUAAAAAAGUCGGUUGACACACAGUAGACAACAAGAGCAUUGGGCGGUACGGUGGCUUCGGCUGACCUGCAGGGAGGAGAAAAUUUGUAAAAAGUCAAGCUCCAUCAUCAUCAUGAUGAACGCCAAAGCCUCUAAUUUCGAUCCUUAUCGGGGAGGACACCCUCCACCCAAUCCAUAUGGCACUUCGACCACCACCACAGCUACUACUACUACUACCACUACAGCCUAUUAUGACGCUUCCGCGGCUUACCAAGUCCACCAGCAGCCGCCACAGCAAAGAUACCCAGCCGACAAUCCUUACGCCGUGUAUGAUACGGGCGGAAUGGCCGCUGCUGUCUAUCCUGGAACCGAAAAUGGAUAUUAUACCCAACAACAACAACCACAUCAGCAGCAGCAGCAGCCGGCAUUGGAUCCUUCUUCUGCCGGGGCAUACUGGAACGGUGGACCCGAAGUACAGACGCAAGAUCCUGCUGUGCUUGCCCGGACGACCGAACCAGGACAAUAUUACCGUCUGGCUUCUCCCAUCAUACUACCCCAAUGGGGAACCGCUCCUGUCACUGCAUUGGCAUAUGACGAGACAUACUCGGCCAUGUAUGUUGCCAGUGCCACAUUUUCCAAUGGCAGCAGAAAUCCAUCUACGAGGUGGAAAGUGACACCAGAACAAGCUUGUUAUGAUAGAUCGUCCAUGCUGGCAGUUCACAGUACCAAUAAAGUAGAUGAAGGGAUGGUAUACGCAUCGGUGGCAGGUCACCCCGAAGCCUCUCGAAAUACAUUGAUGGAUGUUUACUCCUGUCUCUAUGGCUUUGCCGGGAUUUCCACUUGCAAUGGGAAAAAUAACAAGAACAACAGCAACAACAAACAGCCACCAUCUUCACCCAAACGACCCGGGCAUGCCCAUCACAUUCCCUCACACGCCUACAAACCUGUCUAUGGCAGAACCAAUUCAUCCACACCCGGUAUGGACCUUGCUACAGCCAUGGCAGGAGGAGCCUUUGCAGCGGGAAAGAAUACAUUUCAUAUGGGAAUCACGACACUGUUGCCAAUGGCUGGCUCGGUGGCAUCGGUGUCUCCGUCAGCGGUCAGGGUUCAUGCGAAUGGGGGACUCCAAUUGGCCGAUCAGGCAGUGGAAGGAAUGCUGUGUGGCACGGUGCAUCCACAACAACAACAGCAGCGCAAUUCGCACAUUGCCGUGGGUGGAAUCUCGGUCAAUAAUGGUGGUGGUGGUGCCCACGUAUACUGUUUGGAUCUGUGGCGAGGCCUACACAUUGUGACAUCCAGAAAAAUACAGGACACGGAUGAUGCAUUCGGGGUUACUGCCAUGGCAAUGAGCCACAAGCGGGGAUCGAUUGUUGCAGGAUGCUCGGAUGGGAAUAUCCGUUUCCUGGAUGGUUCCUUGCGAGAGGUGGCCAAAAUUCGUGGGCAUGCCAGUUGUGUGAAUGAUAUUGCCGUCUCGGAGGAUGGAACGUUGAUUGCCACUACAGGGUAUGGCUAUCGACCGACCAAGAGCACGUCGCUUUAUUCGUUUCCCGAGCCAAACAUUCUGCUGUUUGAUAUUCGUUUCCUAGGCCGAGGGGGGAUUGCACAUUCAUUUUCAGGGCUGAACGGUGGUCCUAGAUUCGUCUCCUUCAUCCCAUCAGUCUCAGAUGAUCCAUCGCCGGGGCGGCUUCUCGUGGCAAGUGGACAAAGUGGAGGGGGCAUGCAGAUCAUUGUACCUUUCGAACCAUCACAAAACGACAUUCCUGCCAACUUUAUGCUACCACAAUUGGAUAGAGGUGAGGCGAUUAGCUCCAUGGUUGUUUCUGAAGACAACCUUGCGCUGGGGACGUCACAGUGUCGGGUGUUGCAAUACAAAAUGGCGGGAUAUGACAGUUCCACACGCAACAUGUCGGGAACAACUCGGACUGGUGUGUACGCCGCCAAAGAAUUCUUUCCUGCUCAAGGGAGAUCACCUAGGUCACCAGGGUCCUCCAAGAACAUGGCGCCAACUUUGCCGCAGCCGAAGAAACCACUCGAGUUUCGUUCUUUUGUACCUCCAGCGCCAGCGCUCUCAAUUGAUGCUUCCGUUUUGAAAUCGGGCAAUCGAGGUUUGAGAAAUGGUGUCAACGACAGAGUGAAGUCUGUGUUCUCGGCAUACACGCUAAUGGGCGAGCCAACGCUUACGCCGUUGUCGACAGGAAGAUUUGGUCCACUCACAGACCACAUCUUCAUGCCUCCAGCAAAGAGAAGUAUUGCACCGGACUUGGCUGAAAAAUCAAUCACAUCGUCUGAGGGGGACUAUCUGAUGACAAUACCAACCUCGUCGCUGGAUGUGGAUUUGUUUGAAAGUCACAAUCCGAAUGGUAAAUGGAGACGCAAGCAUACCAAUGGCAGAGCAGGAAGGAAUAACCCGGAACCAAUACCGAAUCCGAACAAGACAAUCUACAACAAGAAGGUAGCAGCACUGGUUUACCAGCAACCGAAGAGAAAUCCAAAAUCUGACGCGGCGAAGGCGCAUGACGAGACCACACAGCAAGAUGUACCGGCUCGAUAUCGCUUGACCUUGCGCCCCAGCUUCAAGUCGGGAGCAACGUUUGAUCAUGCCGAGUACAAUCGAACUGGCCUGUACCCUGGUUGGGACUACCCACCAACUAUGCCCAACGCAUUUGUGUCCCCGGUCCUUUUCCUCCUAUACUUCAAUCCAGCAUUGCGAUCAACCGUCUUUUCGAAUCAGUACGACCAGCGCCUUCUCUCAUCCCGACCGCCAACGAUGAUACCAGAACUCAGCUUCUUGUUUCUCCAGAUCGAAGGUAUCUCCCGCCUCGCCUAUUCUUAUCCCACAAACCUGCCACACCACGGACCGCGUCUGAGAGCGUGGGUUCCGACAAACUUCUUGGCAUCCCUUUCUACCAUGCCGGAAGCCCAGCAGCUUCAGAUUCUGGACGGGGCGCCGGCAGCGGUUGAACUCCCUCGUCGACCUGAGGCAUUCUAUCUCUUCUUGCUGUAUCAGAUAGACAAAGAGCUUUCAAACACUUCCGUGUCAAAGCUUUUGGACUCGAUGCAUGGAACAGAUUUCGUGAGCGUGAACGAAUUCAUCACCGGGUCUGGCGAAACCUCCCAAUCAACUGCUCGAGCCAUGACCAUUGAGCUGGCAUACGAUUGCUUUAAAGACGAUACAGAACCAGUUCGUUUUGGACAAGUGUUGCAGAAGGCAUUGUGCCGAGAAACGCGGCUCAGGGCAUACAAUCAAAAGUCGGGUGCUUUCGAAACCAUUGUGCAGCGAAAGAUUGCUACGUCUUUGCCUGAAACGUUGUCACUGUCCUGCGCCUGCGCCGGAAGGAAAGAGGAAGAUGGUCUCAACCGGUGGCGCAGCACACUUGGAUCCGAAGACCAUUGGCUUCCAGAGCUCAUUGAAGUGGAACUUACGGACGAUGGUGGGGUCCUUGUGCGAGAGUGCGGUUCCCCAAAGACCGGGAAAUGGGACACUUUUGAGGCAUCGUCCUCUAUCCCUGCUACAGUUGCCAACCUUGUAACGGAAAUGCGUUCUAGCUGCCAGAAGCGAAAGUACCGGUACCAACUGGAUGCCGUUGUCUCGUACGUACGUGAUGACCCCGACAGUUGUGCCGACGCUGAUGCCGAUUCAUCUUGUGGCCAUCAUGUGGUGCACGUGCGAGUUCCGAACGCGUACAAGAAACUUUUGUUAUCCGAGCAGCUGAAGCAGCUUGACAUUCUGUCUCAGACGGAUUGGGCGGAUUCCAAGAUAUUCGUAAAGGAAAGCAAUUGGGACAAGUCAAAGUUCGCGCUACGAGCCAAGAGUGUUCGUGAUAAGUUAGCCUCACUGGAGAGUGACAAUGACGACGAUUCGGAAAGCUCUUGGAUCCUUGCCAAUGGAUACGUCGUCUCUGACACUGUCAUUGAGGACGCGCGGGCUUUCCAUGUCUCCUUCAAGGAACCCUGCCUCGUUGUCUACAAGGCCAUCGAUUGUGACUCGAAGGAGCACGAGGAAGACGUAUCUCCGAGCAGCGCGUUGAGCACCUCGAUCCCCCCUGACGUGAUGAAGACAAGAUCAAUCAGCGACGGCAGACCUCCGCAAUAUCCCUUUGUGGAUAUUGAUUCUUUGCCCGAUCGAGGUGACUUGAUUGCGUUUGACGCCGAGUUUGUGUCGGUUCAAGAAGAAGAAUCUACGUUGACCAAGUCUGGUUCCAAGGUUACGCUACGCGAAGUCCGUCACGCCGUAGCACGGAUCUCAGUGAUCGAUUGCAAAACGAGGAACGUCAUCAUCGACGACCACGUGUUGCCACAAGAACGAAUCGUAGACUACUUGACUCGCUUUAGUGGUAUUGUUGCCCGUGAUCUUGAUCCGAUGCUGAGCCCGCACCAUUUGAUCUCCACGAGAAGCGCCUACCUGAAGCUACGGUAUCUGAUGGAACGAGGCUGCAUUUUUGUUGGCCACGGUCUGUCGCAGGACUUUUUGAUGGUGAACCUGGUGGUCCCGAGCCAUCAGAUUAUUGACACGGUGGAGAUUUUCCAUCAGGACCGGAUGCGGUACAUUUCUCUUCGCUUUCUCGCCAACUACAUUUUGGGUCGCGACAUGCAGCGAGACACUCACGACUCUGUGGAGGAUGCUUUGGCAGCGUUUGAGAUCUACGUGAAGGCUCAGCAGCUCCAGGAGAAUGGGCAAUUUGACAAGGUGUUGAAGGAACUCUACGAAUAUGGGCGCAAGACGGAUUGGAAACUAGGCGUUGAAGCCAAGAAUUGAAGAGCAAACUAGAAACUAUGCAUACAAUCAAAUCAAAUCAGAACAAGAAGACAGGCCAUGAGAAGCCCGAGAGAAAAAGAGAAAUAUAUUUGAGAAAGAAACUUCAGAAACACUAGAAAAACACCUAAAAACCAAAUAAACACUGAAAAAGCCAUGAGAAAUAGGAGCCAUGCAUUGUAUGAUAG